UCCUUGUACCCAGAUGGGGAUGCCAACCCACUCCCCUUCCUCCUGUGGGCAUAAAAGGAGAGGAGCUCCAGAGCGGCAGAUAUCAGCCCUUGGCCAGAAGGAGAAGACUGUCCACCUUGGCCCUCCUUUGCUUUGCCUCCUCUUCCACCGAGAUGAAGCUCUCCUGGGCUGCCAGCCUCAUCGGCCUCCUGCUCCUCAUGGCUUCCUUCUCUACAGAUUUUGCUGCCCCCCAUGGCACCAACACAUCGCCCUGUUGCUCUCGGAACACUAUCAAGCCGAUCCCGCAGAAUAAAGUGAAGGACUAUUUCUACACAGGCGGGCACUGUGCCUUGCCCUCCGUUGUGUUUCUGCUGAAGAGUGGCAAGCAGGCCUGUGUGGAUCCCAGGGCCAAGUGGAUCCCAAAGCUCAUAGAGACCCUUGAGAAGGAGUGAGAGCAGCACCUGCUGGGCAUCUGCCCUUCUCUUCUGGCACCUGCUGGGGCUGAUGCCUUGGACCCCUCUGACCCUGCCGCAGCUGCCAGGCCAGAUGCCCUCCUGCUCUUCCAAGCACUGGAAACCCUUUCAGGCCAAGCAAAUCCUAUCCAAGUGCCCCAGAAAGGCCUCCGCAUCCCUGGCUCCUCUUGCCACCUUCCUCUUCCUUUUGCCACCGUGGGACAGGCACUGGACUGAUUGAAUGCUUGCAGCCUCCAUUUUGCAGUACAUACCCAGGGAGAACUGUGGGUCGUCUGAAGCCCCCCAACUCUCUCUGCGCCCACCUUUUGAUGGCAGCUCUGUUGUUGUUGUUGCUGUUUUUGCACAUACCUAUUUAUGUAUUUAAGCACCCAGCAUCUUGGCCUUGGCCCCAAGAGGGUGAAAAAGACCACGUGGGAUAACUUAUAUUGUAUAUUGUAUUUCUGUGUAGCAUGAUAAGCUAUGUCCAGUGUAUUUAUCUGAGCGUGCGCCUGCAGGCCAGGCCUUUCUCACCUGCUCCGUUGCCAAAAUAAAGAGCUC